UUAAAUCGCUGCCCGCUGCUAAGUGCGGCUUGCGUCGGAGCAGAGCCAGCAUCUAGGCAGGCUGAGAGCUCAGGCAUCAGUCCCAUCUUGGACUCAUCAGAUUUCCUUCCAUCAGAGGGGUUAGGACUACCGCUGCAAGGUGAGUGGCGGACUAGGCAAGGCGGUGUUCGAUACGGCAAUGGCAGGAAGUGGUCAUACCGGAGGAGGCAGAUCAGAUCAGUGCGUGGCAUCCUUGCCGAGUUGGACGGUGGCCAGAUCAAGCGCGGCCAGAUUGGAAGGUUGGGAAUCCGGAUCGGUGGUGCGAUGCUUCGGAAGCUGGUGGUGGGAUCUCUGUCGUGGUGGACUGCCUUCCAGUUGGAGGUGGAUCUCUGCGGAGGCGGAUCGAUUGGAGGUGGAUGCUCUCGGGGCGCGAUCGAUUUGAGGUGGAUCUUUCGGAUGGUGGAUCCUUCGGAGUGCGGCAGCACUGGUGGACGCCAGCACAGACCGGAGCCCAGAGUUCUUCACCACGAACCAGAUACGGACCAUACGCUACCGGCGACUAAGAGGAAACGGAGACAGGGAGCCAGCAGCCUGACGCUUCUCCAGAUACCGGGCAUCGGUGGUGCAGCUUCGGCGGCUGGGCAGCUCGGCGAGUGGCAGCCAUCGGUGGUGGAACAGCAUCGGCGUCGGGCAGCUUCGGCGGUGGCGCCAUCGUGGUGGAAGCAUCGGCGUGGCCGCUUCAGCGGUGGCGCAAUCGUGGUGGAGCUCGGCGGUUGCGUCAACGACGUUGUGUCUGGAGCCGUACGCACAGUGGAGGUAUACGGCGGACAGCGCAAGGGUUUAUAUUAUAUGGAAAAAUUGAUAGUGGCACCAGGAGCAGAGCGAAUUGAAAAGAUCGCUGAAAUUUUCGCGUACGUCGGUGGGGAUGAGUUGUCGAAGGGAAAUGUGUGUCACGGGGAGCGCGGUGGUGUAUAUAAGCGCGGCGAUGUCUUUGGUUGCAGCAUCAGUCCCAUCUUGGACUCACAGAUUUCCUUCCAUCAGAGGAGUUUGGACUACCGCUGCAAGAUCACCAUGAAGUCUAUCGCACUUAUUGCUCUUCUCUUCGGUGUUGCUGUCGCUGAAUACGGACAGCAGGGAGGAGGUCUUGGAGUCGGCGGCGUCAGAGGUGGCGCCAUCGGUGGCGGCCGCAUCAUCACCCAGGUGAGUGGCGGACAGCAAGGCGGUGGUUCGUACCAAUCAGGAGGUGGUCAUACCGGAGGAGGCAGGAUCAGUGGUGCAUCCUUCCGAGUUGGAGGUGGCCAGAUCAGAGGAGGCCAGGUUGGAGGUGGAUCCCUCGGUGGUGGAUCCUUCCAAGCUGGUGGUGGAUCUCUCGGUGGUGGAUCCUUCCAAGUUGGAGGUGGAUCUCUCGGAGGCGGAUCGAUUGGAGGUGGAUCUCUCGGAGGCGGAUCGAUUGGAGGUGGAUCUUUCGGUGGUGGAUCCUUCGGAGGCGGCAGCCUGGGUGGAGGCCAGCAACAGACCGGAGCCCCAGAGUUCUUCACCACGACCAGAUACGGACCCAUCGCUACCGGCGGACUAAGAGGAAACGGAGACAGGAGCAGCAGCCUGACCUUCUCCAGAACCGGUACCGCCACCGGCUCCCUGUUCAGCAGAGACAACGCCGAAGCCACAGAGACGGCGAAGAAGAGCCGCGGAUACGAGUACAAAUACAGAGAGGGACACGAGUACACACAGCCAAAGACCCUGUACAACUAUGAUAUCGAAGAGCCCGUCUGGGGAUUCGCUGACGUCGACGUUGUCUAUAGCGGCGAGGGCGGUGGUGCUGGUGGCGCCAUCGGUGGUGGCAGCUUCGGCGGUGGCAGCUUCGGCGGUGGCGCCAUCGGUGGUGGAAGCAUCGGCGGUGGCAGCUUCGGCGGUGGCGCCAUCGGUGGUGGAAGCAUCGGCGGUGGCCGCUUCAGCGGUGGCGCAAUCGGUGGUGGAAGCAUCGGCGGUGGUCAACGCGUUGUGUCUGGAGGCCGUACCAGUGGAGGUUACGGCGGACAGCAGGGUGGAUACUAGUAAAAUGGAAGAUUGAUAGUGGCACAGGAGCAGAGCGAAUUGAAAGUAGUCUCUAAAUUAUGGCGAUAUCCACGAAAAAAGUUUACCCUGUCUUAAUAGAUUUUAAUUUAGGUUGACAUUAUUGGAUAUAAGCAUUUAUUAUUGACAUUGGCAAGACGUAAGGCAGAUAAAACUAUUUUCUAUUUAUUCCGCUACACAGUGCCCAAUCCCCCGCGAACUUUUUCCUACUGCUCGAAUCUUGUGUUUAAAAAAUGGAUUGCGUUAAGAUUAACUUACGCUAGAACGAGUGUAUUAUGUAUAGAGGAGAUACCAUUUAGUUUGAUUAGUACAAUGUAAAAAUAAUUAUGAUGAUCGUAAUGGCCUUGCUUUGUCACAGUUGCUUAUUCACGCGUGUAAAUACCCACUCAUGAGAUCGGAAGGUACGGCUCAGUCUGAGAUGAUGCCUGUUCUUAUUAUUGCUGUAUAUAAUUUUAUCGACGAGGGCGAUUGAUACUUUAAAUAAAUAAAUGCAAUUCAGUUUUGCUGAAAUCAAAUCAAA